AUGGAAAGGACUCGAAAUCAGGAAACGACUUUCCAGACUUUGAUGCAAAGAACUCAAAUCCAGGAAACGACUUUCCAGUCCCAGUUCGCGAGGAUUCGAGAACAGCUCGAGCGAGGUCCACCUCUGAACGACCCCCGUAGUUCGAAUCGUGAAUGGCAAAAUGGGCGUGAAACGAGCCCAUUGCGUUAUACGCAUCUUAACUUCUCGCCUUCCUCCGGAACCCCGGGAACGGGGAACCAAUACCAAACGCCCCAAGGUGCAGGAAUUCACCUCAGUGGAUCGCACCAACACACUCCGAUCUUCAAUGGAUCAAGCUCUCAGGGAGCAUCUGUUCGCGAGAAUGAACAGCUCCCGCCAUCGCCUCCGAACACGUUCGGAUUGAAUCAAGCACCGCAUCCGAACACGUUCGGAUCGAACCAAAUACCGCCUCCGAACCCGUUCGGAUCGAAUCAAGCACCGCCUCCGAACACGUUAGGAUCGAAUCAAGCACCGCCUCCGAACACGUUCGGAUCGAAUCAAGCACCGCCUCUGAACACGUUCGGAUCAAACCAAACACCGCCUUCGAACACGUUCGGAUCGAAUCAAGCACCACCUCUGAACAUGUUCGGAUCGAAUCAAACACCAGCUACAGCAGCACCGAUAUCUAACGGCGCAUCAGCCUCACUGUCAUCAAGUAUCGAGCAGAAGCUCGAUGACAUCGAUCAACGGAAUAUGGAAAGGAACGCUCUGACUUUCGAACACAUGAAAUCGUACGUGCACGCAGCAACGAGCGCUCCACCCGACAUUGACCUAGUAAUCAGAGAAACCCGCCGCACUCCCUUUACCAAGAAAAUAGCUCACGCCAGAGUAAGGGAAGCUGGAAAGAUCAAAUUCCCCGAAUACUCCGGGAAUAGCGAUCCUCGAGCACAUGUUCGAUCCUUUAUGUUAGCAAUAACUAAAGCGCAUCUCACAGCCGAGGAAGAAGAAGCAGUAUUUAUUGAGACUCGAGCUACAGAAGCUGAUCUGUGGACUCUAACGCAAGGUCAAGGCGAACCACUUCGAAGUUACGAAGACCGCUUUAAGCAAAUUAAAGCACAGAUUCCCAACCUUAACGAAAACGUAGCUCUUCGAGCCCUAACGUACGGAUUAUGGUUCUCCUCUAAGUUUAAGGAAGAAUUACAACUCAGACACAAUUCAGGUCUAGACGAUGCUCUGCACAAAGCCAAUGCAUUUGCGCGAACAGAAGAAGAAUAUGAAAUAUUCGAGGGGAAAUUCAAUGCUGGCCUACUAGGCUCGGGAUCAAACCCCCAGAAAAAAGCGCCAAGGAGAGAACCUUAA